AGCUUUGAUGUUCUUUCCUCAGUCCUCGUUGGCCAAGAACGCAGCAUUACCCUCUCAGCAAUCAGCAUCAACCUAUUUCAACCAAAAUGCAUAUUCGUGAUACACAAUCUCUUCACUUUUGAGAACACCACAAAAUUUGUGGCUUCUAAAUUUAGUUUUGUUUCGUAAAGGUUGUUCCUUUCAGCUAAUUCCUAAAAUGGCUUCCACGAUUUUCAGAAGCUUUCAAGUUCACUCCUUUAUGCUUUACCCAACAUCAUUAAUCACAAGGAGAAAUGGGGUUUUCCGCUUCACAACAAAGUCCUCACAAUCCCAAACAGAGACCCAACAGAGGCAACAAACCAAAGUUUCACAGAGCACACAGUCCAAAAAGCUUGACAAAAUCCCAAAAGACUAUGAAGCAGUUAUUGGGAUUGAAACUCACGUUCAACUCUCAACUCUCACCAAAGCAUUCUGUGGUUGCCCUUACAAUUAUGGCUCCCUUCCCAAUAGCACAAUUUGCCCAAUUUGCAUGGGUUUGCCCGGUGCAUUGCCUGUGCUGAAUUCUAAGGUCAUUGAGUUUGCUGUGAAGUUGGGUCUUGCCCUUAAUUGCAACCUUGCUUUGAAUUCCAAGUUUGAUAGGAAGCAGUAUUUCUACCCAGAUCUUCCAAAAGGGUAUCAGAUUUCUCAGUUUGAUGUCCCAAUUGCAACUUCUGGUUUUCUUGAUGUGGAUAUUCCAGUGGAGUUUGGUGGGGGCCACAGGAGAUUUGGCAUUACAAGGGUUCACAUGGAAGAGGAUGCAGGCAAGCUCCUACAUACAGAAGGCGAAAAUUACUCACAGGUUGAUCUAAAUAGAGCAGGGGUACCUUUGCUUGAGAUAGUUUCUGAGCCUGAUAUGAGAACUGGUAUUGAAGCAGCAGAGUAUGCAGCAGAAAUACAGAGAUUGGUUCGGUAUUUGGGAGUGAGCAAUGGCAAUAUGCAAGAAGGAUCUCUUCGUUGUGAUGUCAAUGUCUCAAUUCGACCCAUUGGUCAAUCAAAAUUCGGGACAAAGGUUGAAAUAAAGAAUUUGAACUCAUUUUCAUCCGUGAGCAGAGCCAUUGAUUACGAAAUUGCGAGACAGGUGCAACUCCAUAGAGAAGGCCAGGAAGAUCGGAUAGUACAGGAAACUCGUCUAUGGGAAGAAGGCGCUCAGAAAACAAUUACAAUGAGGAAAAAGGAAGGGCUUGCUGAUUAUCGAUAUUUUCCAGAACCCGACUUGCCAGCAGUAAUACUUUCUCAAGAAUAUGUUGAUGAUAUUCAAAGUUCUUUACCAGAGCUUCCAGAAAUUAAGCGGAGAAGAUAUGAAACCAUGGGCUUAAGCAUGCAAGAUGUUCUUUUCCUGGCUAAUGACAAAAAUGUUGCAGAUUUUUUUGAUGCUACUGUUGCAAAGGGUGCAGAUGCAAAGCUGGUUGCCAACUGGAUUAUGAGUGAUGUUGCUGCCUUCAUGAAAAACGAAAAGUUGACCAUAAAUGAAAUAAAGCUUACACCUGAUGAGCUGUUUGAGUUGAUAGCGUCCAUUAAAGAUGGAGUCAUCAGUGGCAAGAUUGGCAAGGAGAUACUAUUUGAACUAUUAUCCAAGGGAGGAACUGUUAAGGGAAUUAUAGCGGAAAAAGACUUGGUUCAGAUAGUAGAUCCCGCUGAGAUCGAAAAAAUUGUGGAUAAAGUGAUUGCAGAUAAUCCGAAACAGUUAGAGCAAUAUCGCGGUGGCAAAACCAAACUACAAGGUUAUUUUGCUGGCCAGGUGAUGAAAUUAUCUAAAGGCAAGGCAAAUCCAGGUCUCCUUAACAAGAUCCUCUUGGAGAAAUUGAAUUCAAAGAGCUGAUCCUAAUAGGCUGCUAUCGGAUUACAGAUCAUACGCAUCGCCUGACAAUGGAUAUCGUCGGACAUUUUUGGAUUAAAUGGCAAUCCUUUAGAAAAAUUGCCAGUGAAAAUUAGAAGAGGAAGAUAAGUUCUUGGCUAAUUAAUUUAGAAGAUUUUAAAGAUAAACCUUGUAAGGUGGAUGAGUUCCACAGGGUUUUCAGUUCAACUGAUGCAUAUCUUUUGUUAUUCUGCAAAGAAAAUAAUCAAUCUGUAGGGGACAAGAAAGAACAAGUAGCCUAUCAAAACGUAUCACUUGUAUCCCAUGUUACAGGCUUCAAAUGUAUUGGUAUAUCUCAUGUUAUUCUC